CGCCGUGAAAGGCAGCCCGCCGGCACCGAAUCGCUCGCAUCCCACCCCCAAGCAUGAAUUCGAAUUAGGCUGCCGCCGCAAUACCCACGCCUCUCCAACUGCCAUCCCUCGUUUGGCCUCUCAACAUCUCCCAUCUAGCCCUCCCUAGCCCUCCCGCCGCACUCCUUCUCCCGAGCAUGCACUUCGCAAUGCCGCCUCGAAAGACGUCGCGGCCGCCGCCGUAUGCUGCGCGUAACCAGAGCUCACUACCUAUUCCGCCUGCACUGAAGAACCUAUUACGGAGAGAUAAGGUGCGGUUGCUUGCACUCGGCAUAUUAGGCUUCUUGACAAUACUAUGGCUCUUGGGACGGAUAGGCGGCCGAGGAGGCAGAAGCACUCCUGCAAUAGCAAAGGUCGCGAUAGGGACCGGCCCGCCGGUGGUGAUAGUCACGGUGCUGGAUCCCAAGGCGAAUCCGGCGUGGAUUGAGAAGAUCAAGAAGAACCGGGAGGAUUAUGCGAAAAGACAUGGCUACCUCACCUUCUUCCCCAACAACACCCAAUACCCGCUCCGCAACUCGCCGCCCUCCUGGUCGAAAGUCCCCGCGAUUCGGCACGCCAUGACGCUGCACCCCGGCUCGACUUUCUUCUGGUACCUCGACAGCACCGCGCUGAUCAUGAAUCCCUCGAUAAACCUGCAGACGCAGCUACUUAAUGCGGCCCGCCUCGAGAAGCUCAUGAUCAUCAACGAGCCCGUGGUCCCUCCAGACAGCGUCAUCAAGACCUUCGGCAACCUGAAGGGCAACAGAAUAGACUUCGUCGUUACACAAGAUAAGGAGGGUCUGACGCCCACCAGCUUCAUCAUUCGGAACGGCGAGUGGGCCAAGUACUUCCUAGACGCCUGGUUCGACCCGAUCUACCGGAGCUACAACUUCCAGAAGGCGGAGACGCAUGCGCUGGAACACAUCGUGCAAUGGCACGGCACCAUCCUAGCCAAGCUCGCCCUCGUCCCGCAAAACAUGCUCAACUCGUAUGCCUCCGGCCCCGCGAACCCGAAGCAUGGAAAGUACAAGGAGGGCGAUCUCGUCGCGAACUUCCCCGGCUGCGACAAGGAUAAGCGGGAUUGCGCCGACGAGCAGCAACCCUUCUUCGACAUCCUCGACGGGAAGAACAAGGGCCAGGACUAAAACCGGCCCCAGAAGAAAUUAUGCACAAGGAGCCCAAGAGACAUCGCCGUGUCGCAGAGAAAGGGGCAGACGUCGCCACUAAGAAGAUGGCAAUGGCGCUCGGACAGCGGUUUUGGGCGGGCACGACAUCGCACUGGGCGAGACCGUGCGUUCGGUAGGCGUAAAGGCGUUGGUGCUGACGCAUUUGGGAGCAUUCAGUACCGCAUUUAGGAUGGAUGUCUUUAGACCAGUGUAGGGAGGUCUAGUGGCUAUAUGUGUGUUUCGAUAUGAGAGAGCAUUAUGGGCCGCCCGGCUUCACGGAGCGGAAUUCAUGUACUUGGUGUUAAAUGUUGGAGUUAUCCGGUAUCUACUACAUACAGCUAAUCUACAACUCCAUGUUCAAGAAGUUCUCCAGCGCUCCGCUAGUAUGAAGGUGGCACUGGAUGAACCUGUCCAAUGCGCGUACAGUAAUA